GGCGUAAAACGGCCAAAAAUUUAGUCGAUAGCCGUAAAAAUUGAAAAAUUUUAACCGUUAAUCGUAGGUAGGGUAAAAAAAAAAAAAGUUAACCGUAAAAGAAAUUGUUCCCUAGAUUUUUAAGGAAGGUACUAAACUCACUUAUGGUUGCGUUUUUUAUUUCGCAGCUAGUUUGGCUCCGUACGCACGUUAUGUAAAGCGCCUUUUAUGUGAAGACCAAGACCUAUUUCCAUUUCGGCCGCUCUCUCGGGGAAAUUUUUUUUUCUAUAGCGAAAGUGUGGCUUCUUGCUGGGGAUUAAUAUUUGCGAUUUUCAGGAGGUCGUGCCCUCGAAACACUAGUGAAACAACACGAAGAGAUCUCACUGUUUGUGAAACAAGUUGCUGAUAAACAACAUUUCCCUGUUUUUCUCUGACCCUACGGUAGACAUUGCCAUGCCUAGUCCCUGUACGGCGUCUUCCCACGCAAUUUCGGUCAAGGCAUUUCGGUGGCGAACUCGCUCGGACCACGUGACCCGAAACGCAUUAGCCGCGCGAAAUAAUAAGGCCUACGGAUAAGGCAAAACGGCUGACAGUGGUUCCGUACAGUCCUUAGCUACCAUUAAAAACACUGGACACGGGAAUUUUGUUAUUGUCCGUUUUCACACUAGAGCUAGAAACGGAUUAUCCUUCUGAGACUAGCCUGCGUACAGUCGCCCCCUUCCCGACAGACACCCCCUCUCGGAAUUUUUUCUUAGGGGAAGGAGCGGUUGUACACAGGCUAUCUGCAACGGAUAAUCCCGUUUUCAAACUUUCCGUCGAAGUUGAAGGAUAAAGUCAGGCGGAUUGUUCAUGCAAAAUUAAAACUAUUCCAUUUUCAAAUUAAGACGUAUCACCUAUCUGACGCGAAUCAUCAAACGGAUAACCCGUCUCACACGAAUAAUCCGUCUUUAGUGUGAAGACGGCCAUUUCUGUUCUAAUGAAUGUCGCGUCCCGGCCUUGAGUUAGGCGUUCGCGUGUGUGCUUUGCUUUUUCACACAGAUUAUUUUUAAAUUGACUAUUGACAUUUUUAUGUGUAAAAUAAUAUUAGAAGUAGAAUACUUUAUAAAAAGCAUGAUCUAUCAAAUGUUAAAAUUUUUUAAAAGAAUAGCUUAUUUCAUAUCCCGAGAUGAUCUUAAGACCUUUAUUUUGCUUUAAAGAUACAAAAAAUACAGGUUAAUUAAUAUUUAACUUUUUGAAACAAAAGAAGUUAAUUUUCAACUUUUUGUUAACCGUAACUGAAAAAAAUUAACCGAUAGCCGUAAAAGAGCCAAAAUCUAGCCGAUAACCGUAAAUGCCACCACCCCAUUGAGACCCUCGAUAUGCGGCAAUCAAUUAGAAACUUUAACAACCCCCCGGGCAUUUGACCAUCACUUUUGACAGAGGAGAGGGGCAUUUGAGGAUUGCCUGAGUGGGGUGGGGUAUUUGUACCGGAAAUGUCAAGUUUAACCUCUCUGGACGAUCGGGGUCAACGAUAAGUGCGAUCUUUCUCGUAGUGAGAUGGAGGAGUGUAAAAGUAAAAAAAAAAAACAACUUUUUUAGACGAAUGGCUUGUUCGGCAAAGACUUAAAAAGCUACAUCACUACAUGAUGCAUUUUUGAAGGUAUGAUGUAAAUGAUGUAUCAAAGCGAGGUCGAGUGUUAAAUUUUUGUAGUUCAAUUUCCGAUCAACAUCAUGUGAAGUCCGGAAAAUUCGGCAUUUAAGUCUUAUUUUAUCGAAUUCACAAUCUGUAAACAUUUCGUCUUUGAGAGGGGCAUUUGACCACUACAUUGAGCUUAUGUUAUGGGGAGUUUGAAUAGGCCUGUAUUAAAAAGUUCAAAUGCACCGGGGUUGGAAGUUUCGAAUUGAUCGCCGAAUUAAUACCUCGACUCUUGAAACAGAAAGAGUAUAUGUUAUUUUCAUGUUGUUAUCAAACCGCCACCAAUUUCUUGCACUCUGUACAGAAUGCGAGAAAUUUAUAUGGCCAUCCAAAAUUGUUGGUUCGUUUGUACAAUUUUUAUUCACUCGUUGUGAAUAAAAAUCGUACGCACCCACCAACCAUGAAGUAAUCUCUAUUUCUCCUAUUUUUGUUUAAGUUGAAUCAUGGCGCAGAUCCGAGGAUGAGUGACAAUGAUGGAUACACAGCAGUACAUUUAGCUGCUAAAGAAGGACACGGUGACGUGUUAGAAACCUUAUUAUCAACAGGUCAGCAGGCCGCUGGGUUGGACUAAACUGGCUUUAAGGGGGCGGCUGGACUUUACGCGAAAUUUAGUUGUUUAGUCUUCGUGCGCAUGCUUAUUUUAUCAAUGAUUUUAAGAAGUUUAUCUCUGUAUGAACUUUUAUUUUGAUAUUUAGCCAGAAAAGUUGAUGUUUCAUUGGCCACCAUUUUGAAUAAGAUGAAUAACGACGCUAAUUCGUGUCUUCAUUUGGCUGUUCAAUAUCGCCACAUUAAGGUAGGUGCACUGAUAAAACGUUGUACUAUACCAGCGCUGGAAAAUUAUUUACAUCCGCAAUGAAAAUACACCUACUAUUUAAAAUACAUAAUCCAAAAUUCAAAAUCUAGAGCAAUAUUAAAAUCUAGAAUAAGAAAAGAAUAAAACAAGUUCUGGGAUGGUAGUUAUGAUUUUAAUACAAAUUUUGGGUGUAUUGCAAUGCCAAAUAGAUGAAACAAUAUUUCAGCUCUGGUCAAGAGCCAUGAUUUUGCGUUGAUAAAAAGUUAAGUAUUCUACUUGUUCAAUUUCUUAUCACAUGAUCAUGAUGAUAUAUUUUGUUAGAAGAUAAUUUAGCGCAUAUCAAUACCAAUUGUAAUUCCUAAGGUACUUAGGCAUUCAACUAAAAUCCGUUUAAGAACGUUGCCUCCAUUUCUAACAUGAUCGCCUGCGUUGCUCGCCGUAUCCGACGGACGGGGUACUUAACUAUUAACUUAUUUUUGCAGAUCUUAACAUCAACUAAUAGAUAAUUCACAAAUAAGAUUAAAAGACAACCACGUGCUUUUCAAAAUACUACGCUUUAACUGUUUGAAAAUGAUAGUUCACUGAUAGAUUUAUGUAUCUAUACUUAACAACAACAACAACGAGCUUUAUUUACCUUUCGCUUUUAAAUAAUUAUAGUUACUUAAGGUAGUUUUAGUCUAACGGUCAGUUACAUACGAUAUAAUAUUUGUAAAACUAAAAACACGUUACAAGUAAGGAAAUGCCUAGCACACAUACACACAUAAACUGCAGUCAAAGAGUAUAAUAGGUACGUAAAAAAAUGUUUUAUGCGAUUAUUAACUCUGACAAUGGAUUUGCUUGACUAAUAAAUAUUGUUUUACUUUCUUACGAAAAUUGAAGUCUUUUACAUGUUUAAGUUCAAUAGGUAAUUCCUGCCACAAUUUAACAGCCAUAGCCGAUGUAGUUCGUUUGCCAGCAUUAGUCCUAAAAUGUCCUUUAUAGCGGAGCUCCACGCGCGGCACUUCGCGCCGCGCGUGGGCGGAGCCCCAUAGCUAAGGAAAUGUGGUAAUCUACCCAUCCGAGAAAAUUUGGUAAUCAUGUGACCGUCCACCGAGCGAGGGACCGACCGACCGUCCGUCCGCACCACAGGCAUACCAAUGUAAAAUAACGCAAUCAACAGAUAUGGCAACCAAAAUGCAACUCAAGGUUUUAUUCGGAAGGAAAUCACAUGGCCGCCCGGACUUUUAGAAAGAAAAAAUAACUACAAAGUCGUGUCUUUUCGGCGUUAUUUUUUAUGUUUACACUAACGUGGAUAACAGAGAAAGAGCUAGGGCGAGUUGUUGAAAACAAAGGAGACGAAUUUCGUGGGAAGAAAAACAUGGAAAUUCAAAUCGGCGGUGAGAAAAUGAGAAAUGCUAGGGGCCAGCAAGAUGAAAAUGAGCGGCGGUGAAAAAUAAAAGCGAACAUGAACACAGGAAACAAAAAUAUUGGGUAAACACAUACGACAAUUCCUCCAUAAAAAUAAUGUGUAACUAGGAAGAUCGACGUUUUAGUCGUACAAAACAAAGACAGAAAAGCGUGCUACACUUGCAAAUUUGCUUUUUGCUAAUUAGAAGAAAAGUGUGCUGCACGUGCAAUUUUUUCUUUGCUAAUUAGAUCUAUUAGUCUUGAAGCCAUUUUCAUCCUCGUCUCCGUUUAGCAUCACACGAUUUAACUUUUUAUGUUUAUAAGUAUUAUUAACCAGAGCUUCGCUUUUAGCCCUGGCUAAAUCUAUAUAUUAGAAAUUGGCCUUUGAUGCGUAUCUUCCAUUGUAAUGAGUGAACAUCACAGGCAUAGCGAAAGUGUUGAUCAAAAAUUAGGUUAUUGUCGAUUGCUUUUUUUAGGUUGUCUGUGAUUUCUGCUAUAGCUUGUUCUGUUGAUCGUCCUUUCCGGAACCCAAACUGAAAUUGGCAUGGAAUCUCAUACUUUUCAAAAUAAUUUAUCAACUGCUCAAUUGCAAUUGUCUGGUCAGCGGCGAGCGAGCAAGAUGGCCACGGCUUUUUGAGCCCAAGUUGAAAUCAGCAUAGUCGUUUACUUCUUGUAUAUUUUUUAUGUUAUUUUUGGCUCAUUAAUCAUGCCGGAAAAAGUAGCUACCUUGAAAAAACAAAAUAAGCAAUUGCAGUCACAAAUUGCCGAACUUUCUUCAGAACUAAAGAACCUCAAGGAGAUGCUCGAGAAACGUAGAACCUCAGAUCUUAUUAUUGAAUCUACAACUGGAACUUCAGACCAUGAGAUGGAGAGGUGAUCCCUACGGUGACCUCAACAGUGUUCAAGGAAAAGCUGUCAGAGAGCCCAAGUGUUUGAGCGACCGACUGUCUAAAAUCAGCAGAAGUAACAUGGCAAGAAAAUGAUUACGCUCACAGAGUCCUGAAGAGGAUAGUAUUUGUCUAAAAGUAAGGAUGCCUGCAAAGCAGAUCCAUCACAUUUGGCUUUUUCGAGGCGGGUCUCUUUGGAAUUUGUUAGAAUCUUUCAACACUUUUCGCCGAAGAUGCAGAAAGUUUUCUCUGACGCAAAGAAAUUCAAAGAACAACAACAACAUCAGCUCUGUUGGACGAAAGGCUCUGUGGUGUAUCUUCGUAAAAUCCAGAGUCAGUUACUGUCAAGAUAAAGGAUGCUGCGGCCUCGCAAAGAUUGGAAAUGUAUUCUAGUGGCUAGAUCUCUGAAAUUCUGGAACUUACAAUGUCGACCAGGUACUAAAUCAGACUGUGCGAAUUCGUGAGUAACUAUACAGAAGUGUAUACCUGCAUGCAGUCGGUGCAAUAACUCAACUACCAAUCGGUCAUGCUCUGAAUGUUUAGCUCAUUAUUUUCCAUUUACUCACUUAGAUAAUACAUCUUUUGACCUCGUAAUUUUUUUGAAAUAUUUACAGUACUGUUAACUUCGAUGCUGAUCGAUUGGAAAACCGUUGUUUUAACCCUUUGGAUUAUUUGCAUCGUGCUAGUGAUCGUACUGAUCUUGACCCAGACUGUAAUUUUCCCAAAGAAAGCUCUAGUUCUUGUGAUUACUUUUUGAAGGCCAGCUGAAUGAAUUAUUGGUAAACAAAAAUGACUUUGACUUAUCGAUAUUUCAUCUAAAUGCACGUAGCCUGUAUGGUAAUUUUGGGAAAUUUACGCAGCUUUUAGGGUUACUCGAUCACGAAUUUUCAGUUAUAGGUAUAUCUGAGACCUGGCUAAAUGAUAGCAUUUUAGAUCUGGUCGAUAUACCUGGCUAUAACUUUGUCUCAAACCAUAAGGUAAAAAAAACAGGCGGUGGAGUUGGCCUUUAUUUAUUAGGCAAAUUCGAAUUUAAAAUUAGACCAGAGCUAACUACUUCACACCCGAGUUGCUACGAGGCUAUUUUUGCAGAGAUCAAUAUCCAUUAGGGGAAAAAAUGCCAUAGUUGGCACUUUUUAUCGACCGCCCGAUGAAAAUGUAAAUGUAGUUUUGGAUUCAUUGCGAAAAUUAGAGUCCACUACUACUAGAGAGAAUAAGAUUUUUUAUGUCAUAGGCGAUUUUAAUUCAGAUCUUUUACGGCAUGAGCAACAUGCCAUCACAAGAGAAUUUGUCGAGCUUAUGUUUUCUCACCUACUUUACCCCUUGAUCAUAAAGCCCUUCCGUGUAAUAUCUAACACCACCUCUCUUAUUGAUAAUAUUUUCACUAAUAACGUUACUUGUCUAUCUGUCAAUGAACUGAUUGUAAAUGAAUUAUCUCGCCACUUGCCGAUUUUUUCAAUUAACCGUGGAAACUUUGAUUGCGACACUUCCACUAAAAGAGAAAGCAUUGUUGUCCGUGAUUUCAAAGAUGACCAUGUAAGUUUUUCAAAAAUUUGUGUGAAAACAGAAAGGGUUGAGAUAGGUCGGAAAUUUGCAGGGUCCAUAAUGUCACCACCUUUAUCUACAGGUGUUAUGCACCUAUCAAUGUAAUGCCGGCCGGGGGGGGAGGCAGGGCAUAGGGUGGGGAUUUGACUUUUUUCAAAAAUUUUCAAUCAAAUUCCCUGCCCACGGGCAAAUCAUUCCAGUCAAAUGCAACCAAAUUUCCCCACCCCGGGCUGCACAUUGCUGUCAAUCCAAAGGCAGAACCUAAGAAAGGCACAAUAAAAAUAUCUCUAAAUACUCUGCAAUCUUUUAAAAAAACGUUGCUGCAUCACCAAAGAUACAUGUUCAUGUUACAGCUGCAAUUAUACGUUUUAACCAUAAUCCGUGUUACACUGCGCAUGCUAGAAUACAUAAACCUUUAGGAGAAAGUCCACAUUUUGCAAGUUUAAAUAUACCGUUCUUAGUAAAAGGUACAAAGAAAGUCAGUUUUAUCAGUUUACAGUGAAUGUAGCGAAUAAGCCAUACACUAAUCAAUUGUACUUGCAAAAAUCGACUUGGUUUCUCUUUACUUCCGUUUACUUUGAUACCACAGUAUUUUAAGAGGUUCAAUUGAUCACUAACACGCUAAAACAAACGAAAUUUAAAGACAAAACAGUGAAAUCCACUCAGCCUUCGCUUGUUCUCAUUGGCCUCCAUGACUUCCUGAUCUUUUAUUCCCUACGGAGGAAAUGCGUCGUAAGUAGUUUUUUUAUAGAGGUAAGUAUGCCGUUGGGUAUCCAUGGCUUUUUUAGCUGUCUUGUUUUUAGAACUGGAAACUUUUCGAAUUGGGGAAUGUUUAUCUGUUAUGUCCUGUAAUACUUGGAUUAUAUUGUUACAACUGAUGUUAACAUCCUCAGUAUUAACAAGACUACAGAAGUCAGUCUGGGCCAAGUCUGCUUCAAAAGGUCUCUGUCAAAAUGUGAAUAGUCCCUGUAAUAGCUUGCCUGAGCAUAAGCUGGAAGUUUGGUUGAAAUGGUUCAAAAUCUUAGUAAAUGAUCCGAAAUAUCGGCUAAACAAAUACCAGAUUUGAUCACCUUUUAGGGGAAGUUUAUGUAAAUGAGAUCAAUGAGGGCUGCGCUAUGGUCUGUAAUUCUAUUAGCCUUAGUGAUAAUUUGCAAGUGCCCAAGAUCUAAAAGCAUGUGAAGAAAUUCAGAAGUUUGUUCAUCAUUGUUGUAGUUGAAAAAGUUGAUAUUUAUAUCACCUAUAAUGUAAAUCUCGUAGCCUUUAAAGUUUAGAUAUUCUAGUUUCUGUUUUAAUAUUUCGUGAAACUUUUCCCGGUCAUUAGCAGAGUGCCUGUAAUCACAUCCAAUAAAGACGUUUUUAAUAAACUUCGCUCUAUGUAGUUCUAUUAACAAGUUUCAAGGACCUCUAAUAUUACAUCUAAGUCUGACCUUCUAGUGAAUUAUAAUUUAUCUUCUAUGUACAACCCAGCUCCUCCAGCAUUUGUUUUUGAAACCUUGUUUACAAAAUUAUAUCCUGGUAUGGAUAUAUUGUAGGGAUUGUUUUCGACUAAUUUGGCUUCAGUGACUGCUAUAAUACUAGGCAAUUCCUUUACCGUUAGUAAUAGAUCAUUAAGGAGAGUUAAAUUUUAGGCAAGCUACGAAUAUUACAGUGAAAUAUUGAGAAACCUUUUGACGAAGCUUUCUGAAAAGAAACACCAGUUUGCUUUGUAUUAUAAUACCUAGGUUCAAUUGUAUUUAAAUUCGAAUAAUCUGCUUUGUCAGGACUUUCAAUAACACUAUUAAGAAACGGUCCAGAUAAGAACGAUAGUAACAACGGCAACGAACGUGUUGGAAUGCAAAAAAGGUGCUAACGUUUCUAUUGUCUGUACUUACUUCUGAUUGGCUUAAACAGCAAAAGUUAACAAAACUUCAUACAGCGGUACAUAUAUUCAUCCUUACUUUCCAACCAUCUUCCAUAUAACAAAAUCUGGUCUAUGUAUAAAUAACAAAGAAAUCCUGUGUGGGAACAUGUAAAAUUGUAAACUUUUCUUGACUAUUGUUUUCAACUCUUGUGAUUGGUGAAAAUCUUUUAACACAAAAAAACACCCUUUCAAAGUGGAGUGUAAAUGCAUUUUAUUGCGUAAACGGCCUUCAUGUAGGUUUAUGCAUUCUCUGUGUAAAAAUGAGAACUUUCCUAUUUGGGGAAAGCACCGUUGCCUCAUAACAAAAGAAAUUGCUAUCCACCUUACCCGGAUCAUUAGCUAAAUAGAUCUCUCUAAUCGGUUAAUGAUCUAUAAUGCUAAUGAUAAUGGAUUUGGAUAGCGCUAAAACUAUAGAAGAAUAUUCAAAAGCGCUUUACAUUAGGUUAAAAUUAAUGAAUAAAUAAAUAAUAAAUAAAAAAUUUAAAAAUCCCUGAAAGCUAUAAUAAUAACAAUAAUAUGUUAUGCUAUGGUAAUAUCUAAAAAAAUGAAAUUCGAAAAUUCCAAACUAAAUUAAAAUUUAACAUUAGAACCAUUCCAACAAAUUAAAAGCUUUGUUAGAAAGAAAUGUUUUAAGUUGCUUUUUAAAAAUGGCGAGGCUGCUACUUGUUCUUAUAGUUAAUGGCAGCGAGUUCCAUAAAACAGGUGCAGCAUGAGCAAAAGCCCGAUCCCCAAGUGUAGAGCAGUUGACUUUUGGAACGAACAGAAGAGAUUGUGCAGACGAACAAAGAGCAUAAUUAGCAGCUGGUUUCAGGGAUAAAAGAUCGUUAAUGUAAGAUGGACUUUGGUUGUGUAGUGACUUGUAAACAAAAAGGAGCAAUUUGAACUGAACUCUAAACGUUACUUGGAAGCCUAUGUAAGUCGGUGAGAGCGGGUGUGAUAUGAUCAAAUUUCGCAAUGUGAAAAGUCACUCUAGCCGCGGCAUUCUGAACUUUCUGUAAACCAUCAAGUUGAUAUUUAGGUAGACCAAAUAGAAGUACGUUACAGUAAUCAAGGUGCGAAGAUACAAAGGCAUGGAUCAGUGUCUUUGUGGAUUGCACGGUAAGGAAUUUUCUGAUCUGUCUUAUGUUGAAUAGUCCGCGAAAAGCCUUACUAAAAAUCUUGCCUAGGUGAACAUUCAUUCCCAUAUGAGCACCGAACCAGGACCCAAGGUUCCGGACGCUUUCUAAACGUUUAAUGACGGUGUUACCAAUAAUUUAUAAUAGAUUCAACAGAUGUAUUUUCAAGUUGUUGAUGGGUGCCAAUAAUUAGAAAGUCAGUUUUCGCGUCAUUGAUCAUUAAACGAUUUCCAAUAAACCAAGAGCGAACAUCAGCGAUGCACUUUUCAAUCACAGAGACAGCAUUAAUUUCCGAACGGAUAGAACAAGGUCGGAAGGAGAGGUAAAUCUGGGUGUCAUCAGCAUAACCAUGAACGGAAGGAAGGUGCUGACAAAUAAUGUUAAAGAGGCGGGAGACGUAGAAAGCAAAUAAAAUAGGCCCCAUACAACUGCCCUGGGGAACUCCACAGUUCAGAUUGAAGUUGUCAGAAGUCUAAUCACUGACAAGUAUACGUUGUUUGCGACCAGACAGAAAUGAGUCGAACCAAUUUAAAGCAGUUCCGACGACUCCAAAAUCCUGUUGCUAUCAAAAGCAGCACUAAGGUCUAAAAGUACGAGAAGUGUCACUUCCUUAUUAUCCAUACUCAUUAAGAUGUCGUUUUAAACCUUUAAUAGAGCAGUGUCUGUCGAGUGAUACUUACGGAGGCCGGACUGGAAUUUAGGAAGAGGGGCAUUUUUCUCACAGUGGACGAGAAGUUGUUGAAGUUGCUGAAGUGCAGCCUUUUCCACUACGUUGGAAAUGAAUGGGAGAUUCUAGUAGAAUAAUGAACCCGUGAGCCUGUAACUUUCAUGAAUUCUCUGCCUGAUAAGCCAUUAAAUGGAAGCUUAUUUAAUAGAUAAUUCAUUAUUUAUGGUAAAAGAAGUUUUAGUUGCAUAUUUUAAACAUCCAAUCUAAAAAAGAAGAGAAGAGCGCUUAAAGGUCCCUUUUAUAUGGAGAAAGCUCGUCCCAGGUAGAAGGGUCGCUCACCAAUCUGAGCUACCCCGAGUAAGCCAACGUUUCAUAAAUUUCCUUUCAAAAUGUGGUAGGGUCCCCUAUUCCUAACCGGGCUAAAUUUACUCGAUUUCAACACGGCGGCUCGUCCCGCAGCCGGGUCAACUCGGACAACGUAAGAAAAUUAGAGCAUUUGCAAGCGCUGCUGGCUCUGGGAAAGGGAUCAACUUUUUCUCAUUUAAACGCUCUCUAAAUUGAGAGAAGGACUCUCUUUCCCGAGACAACUUUUCUUACAAUAGACGGGCCUUAUUUUCUCUAAAAUUGCGUGUUUGCCAUCAUGGUUUUUCUUUAAAUUUAAUAGUUCUCGCAUAAAGUCACUUAUCCUUCUUAUUUAGCGUAAUUACGUACCAAAGAGGUGAUAAUAAUAAUAAUAAUAAGAAGAAAGUUCUUUUUACAGAUGGCCUAUGUCAUAUAAAGUGGUUUUCAAUAGGGCACUGCAUAAAAACUAAAAAACUACAGUACUAAAAAUAACAAAAUAUUGAAGUAGAUGAACUAAAAAAUGUCACACUUAGCGAACUUAUUAAGAUUUAAUAUGUUUAAGUAAUGAAAUUUUAAAAGCAAUAUAAAGUAGACAUCUCAUGUCUUCUGGAAGGGAAUUCCAGUCUGUAAAUGCACUACUAAAGGAUCUGAGUAGACCCCAGUUCGUGUUUGAUCUAAUAGAUCUAAUAGUUUCCUUGGAGCGGGUGUUAUGGCUAUGAUAGUUUGAGCCUCUAGUAAUCAUACUGUUUCUUUCACUGUCAUUAUUAAAAUUAUGCAUAAAAAGACACCGUUGCAUUAAUCUUCUGGUUGAUAGAUUCAUCCAGUUCAGGUCUAGAAGUGCUUGAGUUGAAGAAAAAUGCGUCGCUCGAUCCAGAACUAGCUUGGCUGCUUUAUUCUGAAGAACUUGGAUAGAAUCCAUUAAAACUUUGUCAUUUUUGUCACCCAAUACGAUACUUGCAUAUUCAAGAAUAGAAAUGACCAUUGUUGACACAUAGAUCCUUCUUGCAUUAUCUGGGAGAAGAUGCUUGAUUCGUUUUAAGACACCUAAUCUCUUUGCUAUUUUACUUUGUAGUUGUUCAAUGUGGUCAUGCCAAGUAAGAUGCUGGUUUAUGAUCACUCCAAGAUACUUGAUGAUACUCCAAGAUACUUGAUGACCAUAAACUUCGAUUUAGUAACGUUUAGUGUCAGCUUAUUGUCAUGUAACCAAGAUGUAAUAGCUGCCAGUCUGCAUUGAGCUUUGAUUGCAAAUUGGUUGGCGAGUUCUCAUGACAAUAAAAUGCCAUGUCAUCAGCAAAAAUCGUCAUCUUUGAGUACUGCAGUUCAGAUUGAAUGCCAUUAAUAUACACCAUAACAAUGGCCCAAAAAUGCUGCCCUGUGGUACUCCCAAGGCGAUUUUUACUGGGGGAGACAAUGCAUUAACACACAUCGUUUGUUGAACUCGACCAGAGAGAUGUGAGCGGAACCAUUCCAAACUUUUCCCUGCUACUCCUAGUGACUUGAGUUUGUUGAUGGGGAGCAGAUGAUCAACAGUGUCAAACGCCUUGCGAAGGUCCAGGAACACUGUUCUCGUCACGCAUCCUUUGUCCAUACUUUCUAGGACUUGAUCUGUAAAGGUGAUUAAGGCAGUGGAAGUUGAACGCUUUAGUCGGAAGCCAAACUGUGAUUGUGAUAAUAAUUUGUUUUCUUCUGGAAAGGAACUUAACUGAAUAUGUGCUGAUCUCUCUAUGAUCUUGCUUAUAGUUGGUAAGAUUGAUAUCGGUCGAUAAGUAUCCUUUAAUGACUUAUCUCCAUCUUUAAAUAAUGUAGUGACUUUUGCACACUUCCAGACCCCUGCAAAUAUAUGGAUAUGAUAUAUGGAGAAACGCCAAGCGGCGGGUGAAAUAACCUCCACUUUUUGAAUAACACUCUUUACGGGAGUCACAUGGCGUUAAUCAUAGCGGCCUGACGCGUCUUUAAUAGCUCCGCCAUUACUGGCAAAACAUUUUUGCCUAUGUAGACAUCAGCACUUAUGUUUUGCUCUUGAUGUCUGCAUAAUUUAUCAAAUUGUAACAAUACAAAACUAGCAUCUAACUCGGAAACCUAACGGUUUAUUUAGAUGCUAGGCAUUUUCUUACCUGUAACGUAUUUUUAAUUUUAUUAAUAUGAUAUUGCUUCUUUGUAUGUAACUGACCGUUAGCCUAAAAAUACCUUAUGUAGCUAUAAUUAUUCUAAAGCGAAAUGUACAUAAAGUUUGUUGUUGUUACGCCUGCGACCGAGAAAAGCGCGUUAAAAUCAAAAGAAAUAACAACUUGUUUGGUCUGUCAGAGGAUUCAUGCUGAAGGAAAGAAUGCUUUUGAUUUUGCCAAACGUGAACAGCUUCAUUUUAGUACUGAUAUAUAAGUUUUGCCGUUAAUUUUGUCAGGAAUUAUAUGUUGAAGAUGACAUUGCAAUUGUGAGACGUGCCGCUAGAAAGAAAGGUUUUCGGAAUAUAGUCAAAUCUAGGGAUAAAAUUUGUCGUUUAAUUACAAAAAUUAACUAAAGGCACUCUUACUGCUACUUUUUUCCCCCAAAGAAAAUUUAGGAAAGGUUACAGAAGACACACUCAUUAGUGGUAUUGUAUUUUCAACUAGAAUACUUUUGUAUCCGGAUGGACCCAAGUUUAGGGCCCGUUUAUGUGGACUAAAGUUGUCCCGUGUAGAAGGGUCAUCCGCCUAUCCCAGAUACCCUAGGCAAGCCAACAUUUUGUACAUUUCCUUGGAAAACGUGACGAAUGGUUUAUAUGAGAAAAAAAAGUUGGCGUGGCUAUAAGCUAUUUGUGAUGGUUGGGUCACCAGAUUCAGAUUCAGGUUCAUUUAUUUCACACUAUUUACAGAGAAUAACAUGGAAAGAAACAUAUAGUUACAACAGAUGAUAACAAAAUAAAAUGAUGUGUGUGGUGGUCAACGUAGCGAAAGCCUUCUAGUUGACCACAUCUACUUUUAAAUAAAACGAAGAAAUGACACUAAGCUUUGCAUAUAGUAGAGAACGUUUGUAGAGCCUAGGACUAAUGUACAGGACAAUAUUACAUGUAUAUAAAGGUACGUUAGAGAUAUACUGAACCAAAAGAGAAAUCACAACAAAACAAACUAGCAAAAAAAAAAAAGAAAGAAAAGAAAACAACAACGACAUCACAGCAGCGAGAGCAAAGACAAAAUUAAUACAAGCAGACAAUUAACAAUUACUAGACUAGGUUGAGAAAAAUAUCGUGAUUUGUCUGUGGCUCUGCGAGACACUGACAAAUCACGAUAUUUUGCGAUAACCGAGUUCAAUAAUUGUUUUAUCAUUGGAUCACUGCGUUUGUUUUUUUAAUGAAUAUCCUUGGGAAGCGAAGCGAUGUGCCAUUUUCACGCAAGAGCGAUCGCAAGAAGGAGGAAAGCACGGUUUCCUUUACGCAUGAGCAGGAAUAUUAUUUGCAGCCAAACACUGUUGAACGGCAUUGCGAAUGAGCAGACCAUGAUUUGUAAGAAAUUAUUUGCAGGUCACAUGGUGAACCCGCGGCCAGUGAAUGAUAAUUAUUAUUAUUUUUAACACUAUUGUUAACAAUAGAUAGUUAGUUAUAGAUUUGAUUAUUAAACAGGACCAAUGUUAUUUGAAUGACAAGAGAUCAGGUGGGCCUUAUAAAGUUUCUUAAACUUGUUAAACUUUUUGGCUUGUUUCAGUGACAAGGGGACAGUUUCAUCAGUUUCCCACAUGACAGAAGCAGAGUACUUGAAAUUAAAUUUACUUAUGUUAGUGCUAACUUUUGGUCGGUAGAAAUUAUACUUAGCGUAAUUUCUGCUGUUAUAGGAGUGGACAGUGGUUGUAGGUGUUAAGAAAUUAUGUAAGACUGCUGGAACAGUUGAUGGAUUGCUGUAUAAUUUAAAUGCCAAUGAGCAGAUUGUGAAUCAGUAACAACAUUUUAAAAUUUCAAGGAUUUGGUAGUAUGGGAGAGAGGGCUCUUGUUUGUUUGCAAAAAAAUACGCGAAUACAUUUAUUUUGCUUAGUACAGAUCUUAUUUAAAUUAGUCUGAUAAGUGUUGCCUCAACACAUUGCUCCGUAAUUAAGAUAGGGGUUAAUAAGUGCAUAAUAAAGUUGCCUUAGCAUCUUUAAAUUCAGGUAAUUCCGAAGUUGGUAGAGUAUUCCAAGGUUUUUAGUCAGUUUGCCUUGUACAGGUGCUAUUUGAGUUUUCCAGUUCAAAUGCUCAUCUAAAUAAAUGCCUAAAGUUUUUAGCCUCCCACGCAGACGUUCCUUCGGGUUCGUCACGCGUUCCUGCCCCACGAACGUCUGCUGACUUGAGCGGAAAAAAACGUAGACCAAUCACAGCAGACUUCCAGAUCUGGGAAGUGCACUUUGGACCCUGAGAAAUUUCGCGCUUGACUGUAUAGCUCCAGAAAGGAUCAGAAAGGCCUCAUGAAAGGUGAAGCCCUCACAGUUUUAGAACAAACUACUCAGUCAACUCACAAGCGUUCUUACUAGUGGCUACCCCUACAAUCUCAUUGAAAAAAAAUACCUGGGAGGUUAAAUUUGCUGAACGGAAGUCGGCUUUACUACAAAACAAUAACAUGUGAAACAAAAUUCUGCCUUUUGUUCAGUCUUACAAGGUAAUCCCGUCGUUGCAUCACCCAAAGAACAACUUUAUGAGCAAACGACAUCUAAUCCAGCCUUUACAGAGAUACAACAACCCAUCGCUUAUCUCCUAGAUUCUCGUCUGGAGCAAAAAUCUUAGGUCACGUAUCACACUCUACAGAGCUUGUACGUAUGUGUUUGGCUUGUCAACACUACUGGGGAAACCUUCGACAACGCCCGAUUCAGACUUUGCGUCAGUUCUCACCUCUACUGAUUGUUCGAAUUCAGAGGUUGGGCUUUCGGUGAAUUCUCCAUGGUACCAAACAUUGGAGUGCUCUCAGUAAUACGACUGAUGGUUGGUAAUCACGAUUUUGACUUGCAAUUUUAUUUCGAUUCCACAAGGUUUAGAUGUUGCAAAGGAUGCGCUUAUCACUUUCUGUUUCACGCGUGUAUCUUGUGAUAUUCAAAUCCGUCAGCUCAUAAAUGAUAUCAAAUGCUCAAGUGCAUUAGCUGACUGUGUACCUUUAAGCCGUAAUGCACGUAAAGCAACAGUGAUUAAUAUCAGGAUAUUACUUAAAGCCACUUCCUACUUUUCAGGGACACCUAACGAGAAUAUAGUUCAAAACCACAUAAACAUAGUAUUGUUAAACGUAUUUUAGUAUUUAAACGGUAGAUAUAGGCAUAUUUUUAUCCCCUAAAAAUUUUUCAUCUGUUCGAAUUUCCUAGCUGAAAGUCUAGUGAUCCGAAAAUUAUAGGGAUCAAAACUUACCUUUUCGAAAAUUUCAGCCAGAAAAAAGGCUCCCGAAAAUUCUAGGUGACUUUUUUAGGGUAAAAAUCCGUUAAAAAUGGGCAAUUAUGCCAUUUUUUAGAUGUUCGAAAAUCCUAGAAGAGGCAGACAAGCAAGAAACUUUACAACAAAUGUUCCGAAAAUUCUAAAUCUCAAAUCGUCUUCCGAACAGAUAUUUUCCAAAAAUUGACGUUGGGUGCCCCUGACUUUUCUCCAUCACUUCAUUGUGUUUGGAUUUUAAUUUUUUCAGUAGUGAACUACUGAGUUUAUCAUUGUCUGAACGACAAUGACGACAAUACCCCACGAUCCUUUUGUCGUUAUCUUAUCACAAAUAUUUCAGGGCUUUCAUUAAGAGGCGGGGGUCGGGGAUUUUCCUCGGCUACUAUGAACAUGGGCCCCGGCUAGUUUUAAAGGAAAAUAAAAUAAUAAUAGAGCCAAAAGAAACCCCUAGCUGUUUGAUCCCCCCGCCCCCCUACUUGUUGUAUUUACCCUGCAACUUGAAAUCUUAGUGACAACCCGGAGGAACUAGUGAUAAAGAUAUUAGAAAUGAUUUUACGAUUUUAUACGUAGGUUAUCGCCAAGAACGAGGUGGCCGCCAAAAUCGUCCGAGUUUAUAUGCCGAUGUUGUGGGUAAUACCAGGGAGGACUCCCAUAUAAAAGUGAAGGGGAUGCUCGUCGGAAAAUUAAACCCCUGAGGGAGGCCAAUGUGGGUGUGGCUCAAGCUUAAACCGACCCUUAAAGGAGAUUUCUGUGAGGUCAGCGUCACGGCCUUUUUUUGCAAAUUUCUUUAUGUACAGCCCUGAGCGAUACCUGAAUGAGCAUAUUUAGUCACUUUUCGUCUCAAACAACCUGAAUGAGUGGGAGUAACUUCUGGUCAAUGCAGACUGGACCACAUUUGAAACUAGAAGAGGUUGGUUCUGAAACGAUAUUUUUCCGUCUUCAUAUAACAGACUUAAAAAGAAUGUUCGGUGCAGCGGGAAAUUAAAUGAAGCUUGGAAAGGUAUCUUUUACUUGGUGAGUUAAUUUUUGAACAAUAUAUAUCAUUGGCAAAGGGGAAAAGGGGAAUUGUAAUAUAGUUUUGGUGGGAAAAUGAAGCAUAUCUUACUUAAAAGUGGAAAGUAUUUUAAUAACUGAGGAUUUUCUGGUGACAGCACCCAGUACUGUCGCCCAACGGAAAUUGAAAAUUUGACUAAAUUUGAGUUGAAACAUUCAAUUCUGAAUCGCGAUGUGCCGCAAGUUUUAUUGCAUGACUUGACAAAAUAGCUAUUAAUAUUUAACUAAAACAUGUCUUUUGGUCUGCCUUAGGUGCCACAUUGGAGAAUUUUCUGAUGAUUUUGAGGCAUUUAUUCGUGCAUUUUGCUUUCUUAAUUUGAUUAGUGAAAUAAAGACGACCAGUUUGUGCUGAUUACAGAGAGAUAGUAGUAUUGAUGGUAAAAAUAUAAGGCAAAAGUUUUGUCGAGUCUGAAAUCGAGUGGAACGCUUUUAGGGAGACUGCCUCUUAAAUCGUUCUGUUAUUCGCACAUGUGGCACCGACAAAAGCAAAGCUGUGAUUGGAGGAGUCACCGUACCAUAACAGUGCCGAGAACACCUUCCAGCUUAAAUCUGACUGGAUAAUAUGGGAUUUUCAGCUGUCGUUUGUGGGCAGGAGUGUUACGUGAAGACACAAAGAACAAGGGCUUUACGGCUGUGAAGCAGACUAAGGGCAUGCUCGAGUGCUAUUGGCUUGGGCAAGGGGGACCACUUUUUUUCUCAUGUAAACGCUCCCUUAAAGGGACAGUCACAGUCAGCUGAUGCACAUGAGCAUUAGAUACCAUUUCUUAGCUGAUUUGCAUAUCACAAGACACGCGCGUGAAACAGAAAGUGAGAAGCGCAUCCAGAAUAAUUCAAACAAACCCUUCAGCGUUGAACUUGUUACAAGCCGAAAUCGUGAUUAUAGACCCUAUGCCAUAUCAGAGAGACUGGGUCGAGCGACGAGUGAGGUCGGUAAUUUCAGAGUGAGCUCCGUGGAGCGAGAGGCUUUUUUUUUUUCUUUAAAGUACUAUUUGAAAUGAAACUUAGCAGCAAUGGGAAGAACUAGAUGAAGACAUGAGCUAAGCAGUUCUUCAAGUAGCGAGAAUUCACCGAGGCAAGAAGCAAAACAGAAUCCUGCAGAUGCUGACGUGGCUGCAAUGGGGUGCUCUGCGGACAAGCAAGACGACACUAAUCCUUUCCCUCUUGACGUGUGAAACGCUUUGAAGAGAAUCGAGAACAACACUGACAGUCUAAUUAAGGACAUAAAAGAUCUUCAAAAUAAUCACUCGAAUUUUCUCAGGCCAAGAUAGACGAACUAACAAAGAGCAAUUCCGACCUGCAAGCGAAGACAUGAAGAUUCGGACAGCAGAAUGAGGAGGAAAAGCUUUUUCUCCCAUGGCACGGAUCAUUCGAAGGGAGUCACAAUGCUGAUCAAUCCAGCAUGAAAUUUUCAAGUAUCCAUUGUUAAUAGAUUCCCACGCGAGGUACUUAAUCACUAAACUCCGAGUAGAGCAUACAAUCUUUUAUGUGAUUAAUGUAUAUGCACCAAAUGAUUACCGCGAAGAGGAACAAUUUAUCAGAAUCUCAGGUGAAAAACUUGUCUCCAAAACUGACACCACAAAAUUAAUCAUUUCAGGUGACUGGGACGCCACCCUAAACAAAACUGAUAAAUGGGGAAGAUUGCCCUGGAAAGAAACCACAUGUAGAAACUCAUUAUUGACCUGAUGGAAGAACUCGAUUUACUAGAUAUUUAUAGGCAAUUCUACGAAGACACCAAAUCAUUUACGUACGACAUUAAAAAUUCAAAGUUGAAUUUGCCUUUUUCCUCAAAUCUCGCACUAUCUGAUAUAAUGUUAAAAGAACCGAGGUGCGCUCUUCCAUAGCACAAGACCACAAAGCAAUUCUUUUGGGUAUGGAGUUACAAAGUGAGCUUAAAAGAGGGCCUAGGACGUGGAAAUUCAAUAAUACUUUAUUUGGAAGAUGAAAACUAUAUAGAUUUAAUAAGUCUUAUUCAUACCCUCGGACACUAGAAAAAUACAAAGAUGUAGAAAGCAAACAACUUCUUUAGGAAUUGAUAAAGAUGGAACUUCGAGCCAAGACCAUGAACUAUUCUAAGAAAAAAACACCUGAGGUUAAAAAACGUAAGAUUGUCCUCCAACACAAUUUAGAUGAACUGGACUAUAAAAUUUGCAAUGAAGCCGAUUUAAACCCUCAUAUCCUAGAUCAAUAUGAGGCAGAGAAAAACGAAUUGGAUUCUUUGUACGAAUGAAAAGGUAAAGAGACAAGUUUUAGAUCCAACGUUAAUAAUAAGCGGAUAGAAGAAGGCGAAAAACCAGCAAAGUAUUUUUUUAAUCUAGAAAAGAAAAACUAUGUAGCGAAAACCUUGCUUCAAAUUCAGUUAGAUAAUGGUAAAAUCACUUAGGAUAUGAAAAAGAUAAAUAAAGAAAUAGAGGUGUUUUGAACAAAAAUUAGGCCUCAAUGAUUUUAUUCAAAACUUGAAAAUUCCACGUCUGUCUAACGAGGAACAAGCGACGUUUGAACAUGACUUAACUGUACAAGAAAUUAAAAAUAUGUUACAUUCUUUUGAGAAAGAUAAAACUCCUGGUAAAAACGGUUUCACCAAAGAGUUCUACGAAAAGUUCUUUGACCGUUUAAAACAGAAUCUACUUGAUUCGUGUAAUGAAGCUUUUCAGAAAGACAGUCUCUCAGUAUCCCAGAGAAGAGGAGUAAUUUCUUUAAUCCCAAAAAAUGACAGCGAUCUGUCAGAGCUUACUGGAUGGCGCCCAAUAACGUUGAUUAAUGUUGAUUACAAAAUCCUGGCAAAGUGUUUUGCAAAAACUUAUAGAAUCUUUCCUUCCCAAACUAAUCCAUUCGGACCAAAUUUAAGACUUUUGAAUGAUCUUAUGGAAUACACGGAUGUGAAGAAGAUCUCAGGAGUUUUUCUUUUUAUCGACUUUGAAAAAGCAUUCGAUUCCAUAGAGUGGAACUUUAUAAAAAGAAGCUCAGAAUUAUUUAAUUUGGGGCCAUUCUUAACAAGAUGGUUCUCAAUUCUUUACAGUAAUUCCGAGGCAGUAGUGAUGAACGCUGGUUACAUGACAGACUACUUCACUUUAUCAAGAGGAGUUCAUCAAGAGUGCCCGCUGAUUCCAUUCCUCUUUAUAUUGUCCGCUGAGUUACUUGCCUUGAAAAUACGACAAGAGCCAAAUUGGAAAGGAAUAAGUCUUCCCAACCUUCAAGAGGCUAAAAUCUCACAAUUUGCCGAUGACACUAGUCUCAUAUCUAAAGACACCAAUUCUCUUAAAUUCUCGUUACAGAUCAUCGGAAGUUUCGACAGCAUAUCUGGUUUACGUCUAAAUAAGAAAAAAACCAAAGUAAUGUGGAUUGGCUCCUAAAAAAUAUAAAAAAACCCAAAAUAUUGGAAUUUCACAGCGUAAAAGACCCCAUGAAAAUACUCGGGACGCACUUGUCGUAUAACACAGACAAGAACAACGAUGCCAACUUCUUCAGCAAGAUUCGUAAAAUGAAAACUAAACUGAACCUCUGGCAAAGGCGUGACCAAAAGCUUUUUGGCAAAUCCGUUCUAGCCAAAACGCUUGGUGCCUCUCAGUUAAUCUACACUGCUUUACUUGUGACUGUCCCUGAUGCAGUAACACGCGCGGCUCAAAGCCUCCUGUUCUCGUUUUUGUGGAAAAAUAAGAAAGAUAAAAUUAAACGAAAUGUUGUAAGCCAGCCACUUAAAAAUGGUGGCCUUAAUUUUAUAAAUUUUGAAAUUAUGGUAAAAUCUUUGCGACUAGCCUGGAUAGCUAGCCUGAUUAGCAACUCUGACGAUAAUUGGAAGGCAAUACCGAAUUUCUAUUUCGACAAAUAUGGCGGCCUGCCCUUUCUUCUUAAGUGUAACUACAAUACUGCUAUUGUAGACAACAAUCUACCUUUAUUCUACGGUGAGUUAUUAGAUUAUUUCCAAGAACUAAUGAAAUUCUCAGAACACGAUAAAAACAAUGACCUCAUUCUUUGGGAUAAUAGGAGAAUUACGAUAGAAAGGAAUAGUGUCUUCUGGAAACAGUGGUUUGAUCAGGGUGUUACUUUGUGAUUUAAUGAACUCAAAUAGUAAAUUUCUAACCUUCGAAGAAUUUCAUAAUAAAUUUGAUCUUAAAACUAUUUGCACUAUUUUCAAUUAACUGCUGCCAUUCCUCCGGAUUUGAAACGAAAGGCAUUUGGUCCCCACGGUUCCUGAACUGCUCGGAGCAACUUCAGAGUACUGUCAGAUGGAAGAUAGAACAAUAGUCUUAAACAAAUUCCGCUGUAAACAUUAUUACAGUCUGUUUAUCGAGAAACUUGUUUCAGAACUCUCCGCAGUAAGGGCUUGGAAAAAAAUCUUUUCAGACCUUCCUGACUGGGGUGAUUGUUUUGUGAAUAUAUACAAGUCCUCGAAAGAUAAUAAGAUUAGACAAUUCACUUUUAAGGUUGUGCACAGAAUAAUCACGACAAAGAAAGAACUACUGGAAUAUAAAUUAGCCUGUGAUGACAAAUGUCCCUUCUGCCUUAAUGUAGUUUAAUGAGUAUCAUAAAGAGAACGUACAACUUUCAAACAAGCAAAUUUUAUUUAACACGCUCGAUGACUCCCUUCCAAUGCAAAUGCUAAAUUCAACUCAAAGCAAACAUCGUCUGUUGGUUUUACUGCAAAAGACAUACUUGUAUACUUGCAAGAACAUUGUAACGAAACCUAAUUUAGAUGAAUUUUUACGUAAGCUUUUUGAACAAUAUCGCAUUGAAAAUUGUGGCAAACAAUAUUAAAUAUGUGUGGCAACUGACAGGUUUUUUAUCCUUCAAUAGUUUUUAUUUUUAUUGUAAUUUGUUUUGUUACUUACUGACUUACUUAUUUAUUUAUUCUUUUACUUUGUGCUGUGUGUUAAUGCUGUUAAUUUGUUGUCAAUUAAAAAAAAUAUCAGAGCGCUCAUUUUUUAUAUACCAUUUAUAUUGAGAAUUUACCUAUGGAUUUGUCCAGGGAAAGCCAAACACCGACGAAUACUUCUGAAUUCGAUCAUCAGCAGAGGUGAGAAAUGACACGGAGUCUGCAUGAAUCAUUGUCGAAGGUUCAAGGUCGUGAAAGCUUGAUUUUCCAAACAUAUGUAACCUUUUCCGUCGAUUUUCCAAAGAUACAUAUAACGAUUAUUUGCUUGCCAAUGUUAUUGAUUCAUUUCUUUUGUUAUUUUGGCAAACGAAGGCGAUUUCUCCCACUCGGCGCCUACGCGUUUCUCACCUCUUCUCCUCUUAUUCCUUUGGAUACCGUUUUUAACCAAAUAUGAUAAAAAUAAUGCCAUAGGAUGAGUUAAAGUUUGCUCAAAAAGAGGUUUCUGUUAAAGAUCGAGGAUCGAAUGAAACACUACGCAAGAUUGAAGCGGAUUUCUAGAUGUAUCCGACGCGUGCAUUUGAUUUCGGGGUGAGGUAAAGGCUUUCCAAACUGGCAAAAGUAGUGUCCAGGUCAGCACGGUCCCAUAGCUGACUGUGUCCCUUUAAGUUAACUCGGCUGAGAGGGUGACCCUUCUACCCGGGAAAGGUUUUUUCCAUAUGAACGGGACAUCUUCCCGACUACAUAAUCGUUGGUAGGAUUUAUUAACAUUUUAGCCUGUACGUUUAAGAAUUUAUCGCCAGGCUUCUGAUCCUUCCCUAGAUCACAUAAUGACAUAAAUCUGACAGUGUCACGUUACAAGAGAUGUUUGAGCCUAUCCCUUACCUGUGCAUACGAUAUAGGGUCCAAAAAUACACAUUUAGCCGCCAACAUAAAAAUGUGUGCGUUACUGAAAUUCAUACCUUGCAAAAUAACUUUUCUUGUCAGUCUGCCGAAGUUUGCAUCAAAUAUGGUGCGGAUACAUGCGUUUUACAGGUAGGCUUUCUCAUUGUAUGAAGUUCGCUAUCUGAAUAUGCUACUGACCUUUUCCUAGUAUUAUAGCACUUCCCUAUCAUAUAGGGAAGUGCUAUAAUACGCUUGCAUGAAACGUAAACAGAGAAUGCUACUGAAUCAAUAAAACAAAUUCGUACACCUUAGGCAGGACGUUUAAUGUUUUCGAACGUUUGGCCAUGUUUUUUGCUACCCGCCUGACACCACUUGUUGAAUGAUUUUCCUUGCAUACUACACUGGUCCUGUUUUCCGCGUCCUUGCCUAAUCUCCGGCCUUUGCAUUCUUUUUUCUCUCGAUCCCUUGUACCCCCUUUGUCCCUCUCUUGACAGUAUUUAUAUAUUUUUAAGUUAUUGUGGAAGCCCCUUUGGACAAAUGUUACACGUUCUUAUUCAUUCUAUAGGAAGAUUUGUUUUCUCCUCUUCAUGUUGCUUGCAUCAACAGUCACUAUGAAAUGGCAAAACUUUUGCUCUCAAACGGAGCAUGCAUUGAUGCUGAAGAUGCAGAUGGAAUGACGCCGAUCUUAAGGUAGUAUCAGUCGACUACAGGCAUGGGAUGGGAAAGAGGGGAGAGAGCUUCCCUGUCCUACCCUCUACUCCUGGUCCUAGCUCACUUCCCCUCCCAAAAAUGUCUCAAAUCACAAAAAUAGAUUAAAACAAUUUUCCUCCACUUUCAAUCGUUUUCCACUAGCUAGGGUACCCUUCGUCUAAUCACUCCUUAUUCACUAUUUGUAUAUCUCCCAUAAUACACCUUAUCUCCCCCUCCCCAACAGUUUUGCAUAAUUUUAAUUUCCCCUGGUUAUUAACAGUCGUCCCAAAGAAUUUUAAGCAAACUUUUUUGGGUACAAACAAAGUGUAUUAUAAUAAAUCUGCAAAUAACGAAUACAUAAAGCCACAACCUAUGAAAAAAAUAUCAUUGUAUACAGAAUACCUCAUGGGAGGUGUGCGCGUACGGUAAUUACGCACGAGCUGUUGACGAUUGACGUAACAGAUAUAAAAACAAAGAGUGCGUAUUAAAUACCGUAAAAAGCGAUUUCCAUGUGGCAUUGUGUUUAUUAUCUACAUUCUGAGACAUUCAUCAUUUUGCCAACCUUUUAUUUCAAAUGUUUCCAAAAUACGUACAUGCUAAAACUUGCCGCUGCACUCCGUGAAAUGACAAGCAUAACGAAGUGCAUUAGUAAAAGUGUAUGGUAAAAAUUAUGAUGAGAGUAAGGAUGAGAGGUAAUCCAGGAAUUACAUGUAAUGUUUUGUUCUGAAUGUAGAAUUAAAAAUGAAUGAUUUUUAGUAAAAUGGCCGGUUUUAAUACAAACAGAAAACAAAAUAGCUCCGAUAAAAAGUAUAAAAUUUAACUUAACUUCAACUCUGACAAUCAUCAAGCUACGGCUUGACAACCAAGAGGUCCGUAAAACUACUCUCGCACAAGCGCAGUACAAUCGACCUAAUAAAACUAUUCUCUCAUGACAUCUCCCUCCUUUGAGUUCUUAUCGGAAACGGAUGGCACAGAAACUUACAAAUAUAUUUUACUCAACUGGAUAAAUGCAUUUUAAGGUGUUUCAAUGUAGUUUUUCAGAGGCCAUAGCGAUAUUUUUCAAUCGCUUUAAAAGUGAUUUUCUCCAUGACUAGUACAUUUCAGUGAGUAUUGUCAAUUUUUUGCAUUCAAAAGAUGCGAUAAAUUAUGUAUAGUGCGCAUUAUUUUGGAAAAAUUAGCAUAACGUCAAAACAGUGAAUGUUGUAACGCAGAUUUUUGACCGGUUCGUAGGAUAGGUUUGUCUUGAAAUUUCAAGGUGUUGCAGUGAAUCAAUCUCAAUGAAAGUUUCAGACUUAUGAAGAUUAUGUGAAGAGAUUUUUAAAAAAUUCGCUCGAGUCGUUUCGGAGAUAUACAAGAAAGCGCUAAAAGUCCAAAUUCUAAAUGAAGUUGCACUUAUACAGUUGGUGAGAAAACGGGUUAGAACGAAAGUACACCAAGUUUUUUGUUUAUUGUUGACAUAGUAAUAUCGAUUUUACUAAAACCUGCAUUUUCACAAAUUUCAAUCCAUAGCCAGUUACUGGUGAAAAUUUUAUAGCGAUCGGACAAGGAAAAAAACACUUUUAAGGAGAUUGAAAAACAUCGGUAUGGCCUCUGAAAAACUGUAUCGAAACACCUCAAGUUUGAACCAUCGGUGUCCUUAUUACUGUUUACAUUCCAAGAACACAAAUCAGGCACAUUCUGUAGAACGGGCAGGUUUUCUCACAACACGGCAGUUAGAGGUCUUAACUUCUGGCUAAAGAGAACUAGGCUGUGUGUUUGUAGAAGAGGGUACAGCGGACGUCACUCUUUAAGGCCCCGCAAUCUGAGGCGGUGUCCUGAUUGGGUAAGUGAAGACCCUCGCGAUGUGGCUCACCUCUCUCAGGACUGAUCGCUAUGUGCAGGUGUCUGCGGUUUCUAUGCAUCUCUCUGAAAUGUGUCUGGAUGACAUAUGACUGCGGAGUAAGGCUCCUAGCAAUGACUUUCCCAGACGUUUUCCAUCCUUUCUGCUGAUCUAACUUCACACGAACUGAGUCACCUGGCUGUAGGACGGAAAGGGGUCGGACUCCAUGUCUCUUGUCGAAGAACUGACAGUAUGCAGUUUUGGAUUCCUCGUACUGCUCUAGCUGCUUCAUGGCUCGGAAGAACCGGUUUCAAGUUGGAUUCCAAUGUAGUCAGGGGGUGCGGAUUUCUCUUCCCGUCAUCAACUGGCAAGGGCUUAAACCUACGGAUGUGUAAGGUGUAGCUCUGCACGACAUAAGUAAAAGAAAGGGAUCACGCUGCUUUAGUAUCUUCUUGGCGAUAACUGAUCAUUCUAAGCAGCUGGCGCAGUUCUGAUACAUUCUUUGGUACUGGGAGUUCCUCGAAAGCUAUAACCUUCUCUGGUUCGGGGCCCAGUCCUUUUUCAGUGAUUACGUUUCCAAAGUAGCAUAUUUUAGGCUCACGGAUUUCGCACUUCUUUUUAUUAAGCUUCAGAGCAGACUCCGCAAUGGUCCUGAAAACUAUCUGAAGGCUUACGUCUGGGACAGUUUUUCUCAUUGGCAAUAACGUCAUCUUGGAUGGCUUCCACGCCGUUUUUAAGAGGUUUGUCAUUUUUUUCUGAAAAGUUUCUGGAACGGAUGUAAUCCAGAAAGGCAAUCGGCGAAAACGGAAACGGUCACUGGGAGUGAUGAAAGUUGUCAACCUUGAGCUGUUCGGGUGCAAAGGUAUCUGCCAUUAACUACUUGACGCUUCUAAUUUAGAGAAUACUUUGGCUCUUGCUAACUUUGAAUCGACAUCUUCUCAGUUAAGUAGAAUGUACCUUUCCCUCUUAACUGCUUCAUUAUAUUUCCCAAGCUCAUCGCAAAUUCUGACUUUCCCGUUGGGCUUAACAACCGAGACCAUAGGAGCACACCAGUUGUUCGGUUCUGUAACUUCUUCUAUAAUAUCUUCUUCCAACAUGAGGUCGAGUUCUCUUUCACUUCAGGAAGCAAGUUUAGUUUCGGACACUCAGGUAGGGCUUGAUAAGCCGAUUCAGAUAUCAACGAAAUGUCUGCUCCUUUGUCAGUUGCGGCAUAGACUUCCGGUUGACGCACGCUAUCUGGGAACGUGAAGGUUUUAAAUAUGUGUUCCGCUUUUUUGCCCAUGGGCAUUUAUCUGAAGAACCUCGUCUUCGGCGAUGAGUUUUGUAGCGCAUCUGAACCGCUGAAAACGCUGUUUCCAAUCUAGCCAAUUUUCCAGCUUUGAGAAGUCGAGUUUCUCCGGCAGGUCGAGCUUCAACAUUUCUUCUACUUUACCGCUGCCACAAUAUCAAAACGACGUUACACACGGGCAACAGGAACAAUAACAAGAAAAUUCUAAACGAAGAACGCUUUAUGUGUUAAUCUUGCACUCUGAUCCUCAUCAAGCUACGGCUUGACUAGCACGAGGUCGGUAAAACUACUCUUGCACAUGCGCAAUACAAUCGACCUAAUUAAACUAUGACAAUCAACAAUCCCCUUACCUUACAUUACACUUUAUAUUAGUACCUUAUAUUAUGUUAUUAUGAUUAUUGAUUAUUAUGAUUAUUAUGAUUAUUAUUAUCAUUAUAAGUAUACAUGAUUUAAGAACAAUAAGUAAUAUUUUACAAUUUUAAAUUAUAUCGUGUUGUUUGCAAAUUAAAAACUAAAUAUAUGACAACAAUGCUAACUAUUAAAAUCCUGUUUACAAUUAAUUCGCUUGAAAAAAAGAAAGGAAAAAAAUUAUUCAUUCAAAACACUAUUUACCAUUCCUGUCGAUUUAAAAAGCACUCAAUUGAGCUUAGAAAGAGUUAAUUUAACUAAGAAAAAUUUAUUCGAAUUAAAAAACAUUUCUUUUCAAUUAAAAAAAAAAACAUCAAAAAUCUAGGCCUAAAAUUAUGAAUACAGGUGUAGACCAGCUAUAGCGAGAGUGAAGUCUUCUGAGACCUCACGUGAUUUGAAUGGAUAUCUAGAACCUCUGACGCAUCUGUGUACCGUUCUUAAUAUAGCAAACGAAAGCUGUAUUCUAAGCCAGGAAAUAACGCUGGCGUAGGGUUCAUCGUUCUUAUUCGAAAGCUUAUUUGCGAGAGUUCUUAAAAAGUUCUGACAGUCGAGUCCCAUGCCCCCGUUUGUACCAAACACCAGUGGUGUAAAGGUUCCCAUCUCUACAUCCAUCACUCUCUGGUUGUAUUUCCUCUUCUUCUCGUUUUCUUGCUCUUUGAAGAUCGUAGCUAUAUAAUAAUAUUUGCCACUUUAUUUACUAUCAUUCAGG